UAAAUACCCUCUUUACCCCUUUGAAAACAACCCACCCACCCACUUCUAUUGGAUUCCUCUCUUCAAUCGAGUUCCGACCACCGUCAACCACCACCACCACCAACAGCGGCCACACCAGCAGCGGCCCAAAUCCCAAAUGGGUUUCUUCUCCUUCCUCGGAAGGCUCUUCUUUGCGUCUCUCUUCAUCCUCUCCGCUUGGCAAAUGUUCAAUGAUUUUGGCGAUGACGGUGGCCCUGCUGCAAAGGAACUAGCUCCAAAAAUUUCGUCUAUACAAAGAUUUCUUGCCGCUAAGAUUGGUGACGGGGUUCCAAAAAUUGAUGUUAAGCAUGUUGUUUUGGCUUCAAUGGCUCUUAAAGGUCUUGGUGGGAUUUUAUUUGUAUUUGGAAGCACUACUGGCGCUUAUUUGCUGACGUAUCACCUGCUACUUAUGACUCCAUUGUUACACGACUUCUAUAACUAUGAAAUGGACGAUUCAAGGUUUCACCCUCUUCUUGCGGAUUUCGUGCAGAACGUUGCACUGCUUGGUGCGCUUUUGUUUUUCAUUGGAAUGAAGAGUGUGGUUCCAAGAAAAGUAAUGAAAAAGAAGCAUAUAAAAACCAAGACAACUUAGAUUCAUUGAUUUUUAUUGUUGGAUGGUAAGUACUUUUGUUAGAAUGUGCUUCCAAAGAUUCUUUUUAGAACAUUUUUGGUUUGUAAUUUUCUUUUGUUGGAUGUAAUUCUGAUUUUAUUAUUACCAAACUCUUAAUUGGGUAUUUUUCUUAACA